UUGUUAGUCUUGAUUUCGCGACCGAUUUCGCUAAAAAUGGUUCAAUUUUUCAACGAAUUUAAAUUCAUAAUCAAAUUUUAGUCUAGAUUAUAAUUUUAUCCAGUGAUUCUAUGAGAACACAUCUUGAACAGUUUAUCAAACUAUUACCGUGCAAAGUUCAAUAGGAAUUUCAUCCGAAUAAGAAAUGAACCCCUCGGAGGUUGUCUGUCGGACCUGUUUGGCGGAAUGUGUCCCGAUGAUGAACCUGUUCAGCAGCUGGGAGUUCCCCGCACCGAUAUCUUCCUCCGCAACGGAAGACGGCGAACAGUCCCUCUCGGGAACGACGAACUCGGCGCCACUGGUGGCCAUUCAACUGGGAAGCAUCUACAGCGAACUGACGCAGCUUCCCCUGCAGGAGGAGCCUUGCUUUUCGCUGGGAGGCAUUUCGUGCCAUGUGUGCAUCCGAUGCGUGGAACAGUUGAAGCAGUUCUACUUGUUCCGAAACAAGGCGGUCAAAGCUUACGAGGAAUUGCAAACGAAGGCCAGCAUAGCGCAGAUUAUCUGCCAGCUAGAUCAGAGUUCGAUCGGGAGCGUGAGGAACGACAGGCUGGAGGAGGACUUUGCGGAGGAUUUGAUCGCCGGAGAUGCGCUGGAGGAACGGUUCAAGAAGCCACUGGCCGCCGGAGAGCAGCGAUGUGAGAUGUGCAAGAAGGUGUUUAAGAACAGGAAGAUGCUGGCCCGGCACCAGGAGAUUCAUUCGAGCGAGAACAAGUACAAGUGCCGGUAUUGUGGGAGGUGGUUCCGGGCGAGGAGCAGCUGGUACAAUCACGAACUGAAGCACCGGAACGCGAUUGGGAAGGAGGAAAAGUUGGAACAGGAGUUCUUGUGUGAGGUUUGCGCGAAGGGAUUUAAAACGAAGAAACAGCUGAAGGAUCACUUGGAGAUUGUCCACCAGGGGGUUAAGCGGUACCAUUGCGACAUCUGUAAGAAGAGUUUUACAAGGAAUGGAUCCCUGGCGGAGCAUAAGCUCAUUCAACACGCUGGGAUUAAGCAGUUCUCGUGCAACGUUUGCGGGAAAUCAUUCGGAAAGGAAGAUUCCCUUAAGACGCAUCGAUCGAUCCACCUGGGAAGACGCUUCCGGUGCGAGGUUUGUUCCAAGACCUUCCUAAAGCGAGCCUUCCUCACGGCUCACGUGGCAAAGUAUCACCCGACUGAUGAAACGCCCAAGAUCAACUCGUGUGAGAUUUGCCAGAAGGUGUUCAGUUCCUCGUCCCACUUGAAGGAUCAUCUGAAGAUUCAUUCGGAUGAGAGGCCCGAGUGCUGCAAGCUUUGCGGGGCGUCCUUCCGACAGAAGCAGCAACUGAAAGUGCACAUGUAUCAGCACUUGGGCAAGCCAUACAAGUGCCAGUUCUGCACCGCGGCCUUCGGAAUCCGAGCUCGCUUGAUGAGUCACCUGUCGAAGAAUCACGCCAUCGAAAUUCAGAACAUGGUGGAUCAAACGUCGAAGUCAGUGGCGCAAGAACCUUCGGAGAUGAUCAACGAACCGCCGGACUUCGGCGAUGGAGCCAUCAACGAGGAGAUUCUGAAUGAGAUCUGCUACCAAAUCGAUGCCAAUCAAAUCGUGCUGCAGAACAUCGAGGAUGACGGGGUCAAUCUUAUCUACAGCAGCAACGAGCACAUUGUGUUCUUCGACGACGGGAACAACCUGCUGCCUGAGGAAAUCGAGGGCGUCGAUGCCACUACCAUUGGACAGCUGUACGAUUUCACCAAGCAAGGGUACAAUCUUCCCGAGGGGACAGACGAUAAUAAAGGCUGAACCGAAUGCUUUCUUUAUGAAAUGAA